AUGUUUUAUAACAUGAAAUCAUAUACUGUAUCGACACAUACUCAAGGUGUAACUUUGAUCAAUGUAAGCAAACUCUUUACAACCAAAGAGUUGAAUAACAUUGAUAGCUAUCGAUUCAAUGAUACCUACCAAUCGAUGAUUACCGUUGGUAAAUACAUCUAUCUAUUCGGUGGGCUAUACCAUCCAAACAAAUGGUGCAAAUUCUCAAUAAAGACAAAAUCGAUUAGCCAUAUCGGUGUGAUGGAGGGUAUUGAUACAGAUCUCUAUAUAUCAGCUAGCUACGAUGGUUUAGAUCAUAUCUAUUCUCUAUUAGAUUUCAUUCAAUAUCCUACAAACACAGCCGAUCACGAUGAAGGAUUUGAACUGACAGAAAUUCUACCGUGGUCAGCUUGUCACGAUGACAUAGUUCAACGCGCAAUCGAAAGUGACUCAUUGGGUGGUGUAGAUCAUGGUGACUUUAUCUACUGCAUUGAAUCGAAACGAUCUCAACCAUUCGAUCUCGAUGAUAAAUAUCGUAGAAGAUGGUGUGGUGGAUCUUUUUCUUUUUCAAUUAACAAAUAG